AUGAUUAAAAAUGAGAACCAAGAACUUUCUCCAAAUACUGAAAAGACAAGUGUAUGUAUCGGCCACAGCAUUAUGCGUGCCAUAGACGUUCAAGAUAUUGAUGAAAUUUCAUUGAGGAUCAUGAAAGAAUUGAAUGCUGAUCUUCACUUUACGAGGUAUUUAUUUGCAAAAAGAAGUACAAUAGGUGUAAUCGGACAAAGGAGAACCAGAGAGACAAGAUCAGAAAGUAUUGGUGAGAUCAAAAAUUCAGCAGAUCCACGAAAAGAAAAGCAGAAGAUGGAUACGAUAUCAAGCAUAACGUGA